GGUCAAGUACAAAUAUAAGAAGACGUUAUUUGAGUCCAUGCCUGCCUUCUCCUCUGCUCCACUGCUUUGGUGAAGCCAAGAUGAAGUUCACAAUUGUCUUUGCUGGACUUCUUGGUGCCUUCCUGACUCCUGCCUUUGCUGACUAUAAUAUCAAUGUCAGUGAUGAAGACAACAGUGGUGGAAGUGGGCAGCAGUCAGUGAGCGUCAACAAUGAGCAUAACGUGGCCAAUGUUGACAAUAACAAUGGAUGGGGCUCCUGGAAUUCCCUCUGGGACUACGAAACUGGCUUCGCUGUGACCAGGCUCUUUCACAAGAAGGUGUGCAUUGUGCACAAAAUGAACAAGGAAGUCAUGCCCUCUCUUCAAGCCCUUGAUGCACUCGUCAAGGAAAAGAAGGGCAAAGGACCAGGGGGACCACCUCCCAAGGGCCUGAUGUACUCCGUUAGCCAUAACAAAGUCAAUGACCUGGACAAGUUUGGGAAAUCCAUCGUGACCAUGUGCAAGGGGGUUCCAACAUACAUGGCUGAAGAGAUUCAAGGGGAAAGCCUGAUCUUGUACUCAGAAAAGUGCUUCAUUACUAAUAUACUCUGGAUUCUGAACAUUUCCUUCUGUGGAGAAACAGUGGAGUACUAAAAAAAAAAAGUUGCUGUGGAUUUAGUCAUCAGAAUAUUCUAUACAGAAAAAUAUGAGUUCUAAUGGUUUUUAUCAUGUCAUUCUGAAAUGUUUUCUCCUAAUUAUGUUUGGUUUCUUCAAGUGUCAAUAAACCUAUUUUAGCACUGAGUUCAGCUUACACUAAAACUCUUUAUGAUUUCCAUUUGGGAUGCACAGGAUCAGAAGCGCAAUGUGGUGGUGGCAAGCUGUCAAAGUGCACUAGACCCAACAAUUAGCCUGUAUUCAGGGCCUACCCCUUAUAAAGAACCGCUUCAGCUGCUUCUGAUGCUACCAACCACAGCUCUGGAAAUGGUUCCAAGACCAUCGAACUGCUCUGAAGACUGCUCUAUAGUUGAUGUGAACAGCAACAUUUCAGAUCAGCAAGGGCAGAAAUCCACUCAGAGUAGCUUAAGCCAGAAAAGGGGGCAGGGGUGGUUAUUGCAAGGUACUGGAGUAUCUAAGAUACUCUUGGGGCAAGAAAAGCAGCUGGUAUCAAAAAACACUGGAACUAGGAACUAUAUCAAGACCAAGAUCCAAGUCUCCUUCUUUCUCCUUGAAACUGUUGCAGAAAAACGUGUUACAGCUCAGUGUUACAGCUCAGUUGUGACAGCAACCUGGAUCUGGGCGAGAGACCAAGCAGCACUUGGAGAGUUGGA